AAAUUCUUGAUUAUUUCCUAAAAAAUAAAAAAUAAAAGAACUUAAAAAAUGGAAUUAAUUUCUGCCCUUCACAGCUUCAACGACACUUCUAAUUCCUCUGAGAAUUCACAAAAUUAUCCCAAAGAUUCCCUUCCUUUCGACGAGAGUGAUUCCCAGGAAAUGUUGCUGCUCGGAGUUCUGUCGGAGGCCGACGAGGUCAGUUCCGAUUCGCCGCCGGACGCCGGAAAAGUGGCCGCCGGCGGGACGGCGAAGGCGUUCCGGGGGGUGAGGAAGCGGCCGUGGGGGAAGUUCGCGGCGGAGAUUCGGGAUUCGAACAGGAACGGGGAGAGGGUGUGGCUGGGGACGUUCCAGACGGCGGAGGCGGCGGCGAUGGCCUACGAUCAGGCGGCGUAUGCCAUGAGAGGGGCGGCGGCGAUCCUGAAUUUUCCGGCGGAGGAGGUCCGGGAGUCGCUGAGGGCGAUGAAGGGGUGUAUGGCGGAGGAAGGGUGCUCGACGGUGAUGGCGUUGAAGAAGAAGCACUCUAUGCGCCGGAGACGGCGGACCGGCGGCGGCGGAAUUGAGAAAGUGAAGGCGGAGAAUGUGGUGGUCCUCGAGGACCUGGGAGCUGAUUACUUGGAGCAGCUCCUGAGUAGCUGUAGUACAGUCUUGUAGUUAAUUAUUCUUGCGGGUCCUAGGCGUACAACGCCUGAAUGAAUCUUCGCCGUGUUUUAUGUGGGACCCUUGAGUUGAGUGGUCCCGAUCUACUGAAAAUUCCUUUUUUUUUUUUUUUUUUUUUAAUGAUGUGGAAAAGCCGUUAUCCGAAAAUACGUACUAAACUUUCUGACCGAACCUAAUACCCUGCAAGUCAGACCCAACAAAAAAGUAAAAUGUUAAUAGUAAAAUGUUAAUCAUUUUAAUUACUCCAUCCGUUACUGUUUAAAUAGGUUUUUUGAAAUUUUGUAA